GGCUCUAGGGCUUAUUUAAGAGUAAAAUUUGUGGCCUACGGCUGCAACCCCUCCCCAUGCUGCCUCUGGCCACCUGGCUCUUUGUACAACCCCUUCUACCAAUUCACAGGGAACACCCAGUUUGUCAUUGUAAAAGCAAUGGUUGCAUACAUCAAGAGUACACUGUACAAGAUGCCUGACGGCCUGAAUAAUCUCAGAAUCAUGUGAAUGCAUAUCAAGACUGCCUUGAAACAAAAUACCUCAAGUAAGUAACCAACCCAUUGAAGAUCAUUUGAGAAAUCUAGGUACAACAAGUGCCCUGUUUGUUGGCCAUUUAAGCAAUAUCAAAACAGACUACAAUACAACCCCUUCCACCAUGGGCUAUGCAUAGAUGAUCUUCCAGAGCAGGCAGAGCAGAGAGCUCCAUGAAACAUCAACAUAAAUAAGGAAGAAGAAUGUUAUGCUUCUGUUAGAAGCUGCAAUGAUGAUAUAUGCUUUCUUGCCAGUUCUUGGUAUUUAGUGAAGGUGAUACAGUAAUCAAUGUGAUUGUGAUGGAUAUGGUAAAAGGAUAUGCAAACACUGGGAGGGAGUAUGGGUGCUGAAUCAGUGAAUCCUGCCUUUUGUGUUUCUCAAUUUACUGCCUUGCCACCUGGACUCUCGUGAAAGUUUUGCUCAUGUUAAAAAGAGUGCUUUCCAAUAUAUAUCUGCUAACCUGAAGCCUUAAAUUCAAGGAAAAUCUCAUUACAUCAUAAUUUGGUUUUUCUACAGCAAUAAUGGCAUGCUAGAUGUUCGCAACAUGAUUUGCAUUUGUGGUGCUGGUGCUCAUAUUUUGAAACAAUAAAAAUGGUUUAUAGGAAUAUAUGUCAGUUAUUCACAUUGUUUUCAGUGUUACAAUCAAAAUUUAAGUUUUUUGUGAAUCAUAUUAUAGCUGAAAAUGAAUGAAUUCAGCUCUGAUUUUAUGAAUGUAGCUGGUAGUACAAUUGUUUACCAGCAGAGCCGGCUAAAAGAAACUGAAGAUGGUACAGCUACUGAGAUCUCUUUAAGGGCUGCUGAAUCAGCACACCUCUUACAAUGGUUCCUGGCGACUUUUUUGAUGAGCAUCUUAUUCAUUUCACUGCUGCAGCUUCACCAGCGUCUACAACCACCUUUGCUUUUGCUGAUCAUUGUGCUGCUGCUUUGCCUGCUUAUUUACCGUGUUUAUAACAGGGUAGUUUCAGAGCAUCUACUUCUAGUGGCUGGAUUGGGGGCUCAAGUCACAACAAAAUAUCAUGGCGGUCACAAGCUUGUUCAGUUUGUGCCGUGGUCAGUUCUUGUUGAUGUCAUCAUUGCUGAGACAAUUUCAAUGCAGCGGGUUCUGUUUUACAUUGCCCUAUUAGUGAAGCAGGAUCUGCCUCAGUACCACGAGAAGCAUAAGAUGCUGCCUUUAUUUUUGAGUUCGUGGCCUCGACUGCCAUGCCUACAAGUUAUAUACCAGAGCUGCCAGUCUGUGCUGCUGAGACGCUCAUCUUCUGCAAUGAAGGACAACAUUCGGUCUCCCUCAUGUCUCUCAACAAACCACGUGCAAGAGAAUAGUCAAGAUUCUACCAUUGAUUCCUUGGGAAUUUUGAGCAAAUUCUCGAAUAAGGAAUGGAGAUGACAGCGAGAAUAAGUUUCAUCCAAAACUUGAUUCAGUAGUAUCUUGUGUACAAAUGAUUCAGUAGUAUCUUAGGUACAAAUGAUUCACUAGUAUCUUAGGUCCAAAUGAUUCAGUAGUAUCUUAGGUACCUACGAAUGAUUUAGUAGUAGGUAUCUUAGGUAGAAGUGAUUUAGUAGUAUGUUAGGUACAAAUGAUUCAGUAGUAUCUUAGGUAGAAGUGAUUCAGUAUCUAAGGUACAAUUGACCAAAUCAAAAUUAAUGCUCUGACAAGCUUGUUCACAUGUUAUGGAAUAGCUGAUUAUUUUAAUUUAUAUUUGUUAUAUUUUAUCAUGCUUAUGAGGUAUGUUGUCGCUGGUAAGUCAGUAGACUUGGUCCAUGUUGUAGGUAACUUUAUCUAUAAUUAUAGUUGUUAUCUGUAAACGAUGCUCAUUGCAUAUUUGUUCUUAUACUGUAAGCUUAGAAUGGAUUUUAAUUAGAGUAUUCGUGAGCUGAUACUUGUGUUAUUGUGAAGAUCUCACUUCUAUUUUUUGGUGCUCAAAAAACUUGUACUUUAUAUGCCCUUACUGAGGCUUCAGCUAUGGUUUUAGAUAAGUGUUUUCAGAGUUCUGGUAAGAAUCCAUUGUUAUGGGUGUUAUGGUGCCAAAACUGAUCUAAACUUAUGUAUGUUUAAUUGUCACACACGCACAGUUGAAUGUAAUGAUAGAAUUAUUUUGUUUUUAAAGUAUUGUAAAAGUCUUUGAAUAUGAGGAGUCAUUCCUGCAAAGUGCUAUGAUUAAAAGCUGCAUUUUGGCU